CCCCGCGGAAAGCGACUCCGCGCUUCUGGAUAGGCUGAGGCCUCGGCUUCCCCGCCCACCUCGCCUUUCGGCGCGUCCCCAUUGGCCGAUGUUGGCGCGAAGGCGCGCGAGUCGGCCCUCACGCAGGAGCCGCAGGAAACAAUAGAGGCCGCGCGCGCAGAGCGAGCGCCCGCUGCCUCCCGGCCCCUCCUGCAAUACUCGAGCCCGGAAUCCGUCCGGCUGGUCUCCCCGCCAUGGCCGACAAGGAAGCAGCCUUUGAUGACGCAGUAGAAGAACGUGUGAUCAACGAAGAGUAUAAGAUAUGGAAAAAGAACACGCCUUUUCUGUACGACUUGGUGAUGACCCACGCUCUCGAGUGGCCCAGCCUCACUGCCCAGUGGCUGCCAGAUGUGACCAGACCAGAAGGGAAAGAUUUCAGCAUCCAUCGUCUUGUCCUGGGGACCCACACAUCAGAUGAACAAAACCAUCUUGUGAUAGCCAGCGUGCAACUCCCUAAUGAUGAUGCUCAGUUUGAUGCUUCACACUACGACAGUGAGAAAGGAGAAUUUGGAGGUUUUGGCUCAGUUAGUGGAAAAAUUGAAAUAGAAAUCAAGAUUAACCAUGAAGGAGAAGUAAACAGGGCACGUUAUAUGCCUCAGAACCCUUGCAUCAUUGCAACAAAGACUCCGUCCAGUGAUGUUCUUGUUUUUGACUAUACAAAGCAUCCUUCUAAACCAGACCCUUCUGGAGAGUGCAACCCAGACUUGCGUCUCCGUGGACAUCAGAAGGAAGGAUAUGGACUUUCCUGGAAUCCAAAUCUCAGUGGGCACUUACUUAGUGCUUCAGAUGACCAUACCAUCUGCUUAUGGGACAUCAGUGCUGUUCCAAAGGAGGGAAAGGUGGUGGACGCGAAGACCAUUUUCACAGGCCACACAGCAGUAGUAGAAGAUGUUUCCUGGCAUCUGCUCCAUGAGUCCCUGUUUGGAUCAGUUGCUGAUGAUCAGAAACUGAUGAUCUGGGAUACUCGUUCAAACAAUACUUCAAAACCAAGUCACUCAGUUGAUGCUCACACCGCUGAAGUGAACUGUCUUUCUUUCAACCCUUAUAGUGAGUUCAUUCUUGCCACAGGAUCAGCCGACAAGACUGUUGCCUUGUGGGAUCUCAGAAAUCUGAAACUUAAGUUGCAUUCCUUUGAAUCACACAAAGAUGAAAUAUUCCAGGUUCAGUGGUCACCACACAAUGAGACUAUUUUGGCUUCCAGUGGCACUGAUCGCAGACUGAAUGUCUGGGAUUUGAGCAAAAUCGGAGAGGAACAAUCCCCAGAAGAUGCAGAAGAUGGACCACCAGAGUUACUGUUUAUUCAUGGUGGUCACACUGCCAAGAUAUCUGAUUUUUCCUGGAAUCCCAAUGAACCAUGGGUGAUUUGUUCUGUAUCAGAAGAUAAUAUCAUGCAAGUGUGGCAGAUGGCAGAGAACAUUUAUAAUGAUGAAGACCCUGAAGGAAGCGUGGAUCCAGAAGGACAAGGGUCCUAGAUACAUCAGCACUCCUUGUGAUUUUAGACUCCCCUUUUUCCUUCUCAACCCUGAGAUUGAUUUGACACUGGUUUUGAGACAGACUUUGUUCAGCUCUCCCUCUAUAUUAGGUCAACAAUGCUAUUAGCUCAGAGGGUAUUUUCUAAAUACUAACUGGGGGGAGGGGGGCUUGACUCAGCAAACCCACAGACUUAUAUUUAAAUUUUCAGGAAUUUUCUAGUAACAAAGGUCUGAAGUGGCCACAGAAAAGGGGAAUGUUGUGUGUGGUUAUUUUUCUUCUUAAGCUAUAUAUCCCCAAAUUUUCCAGACUUGUUGAAGGAAAGACUAGAGUAAAUAAGGAAUAGAGCCAAGUGAGGUAGGUGUCUGAGCCAUGAAAUAAAAAUAGUAUAAGAUAUCCUUUUUUUAUUCAGGAAAUGGGGGAGAUUGAAGUCAUCAGUUCCUGUUCUAAAAUCUUCGAGACUGAUUUCAGAAUACACAUUUCCUAUUUAGACCAUUCUCAGUGUCUCAGUUAAGUCAAAACUUAAUGUUCCUCAUCCAUAUAUUUUGCUUGUUAGUGUAUUUCUUGAGCUGUUCUCAUAUUUCUUUCCUUUCUGUGAAAUGGUUUGUUUGUGUUUUUUUUUUUUUUUUAACUUGGGACUGCCAAGUUGUAAAGAUAUAUGUUUUUGCCUGACAGUUAUACCACAGGUAGGCUGUUAAGUUGAGAAGAACUUGUAUUUGUUUUAAAAUUUAAAUUAAUCCUGAAUGAGAGUUGCUUUCUGUUAAAGGAGUUCUUGACUAUUAGUUUGAUACCAUCUCUCUUUUGGGUGACCUGUUUCACCAGCAGGCCUGUUACACACAAUGACUAACUGUGUAAGUGCUUAUAAUGAAAUAAAUUGCUUUUCUAUAUAA